AUGAUGCAAGCCGAGGACGCCGAGGACGCGGCCGCCCAGUGCCGACGGGUAUCCAACAUGACGCCCGAGCAGGUCGCGCGGAAACGCGCCAUCGACCGGGACAACCAGCGGCACCUCCGAGCCAAGCGCAAGGCGCACACGAGGCACCUCGAGAAGCAGAUCGCCAGUCUCCAGCGGAAGCUGGCCGAAGCCGAGGAGCGGAUCGCGGACCUGGAACGGGACACGCCACGACAGCGACUGCCAGGCCCGGACAUGGUCGGACUCGCCAGCAUGAACAUGCCCCUUGAGCUCGGCCCCGGCAUCACGCUCGACAUGACGCACCAAGGCGACAUGUUCCACUUGCUGGACAUGAACAUGGACAUGGGUCUGGACAUGAACCUGGGCCUGGACACAGACCUGGACACAGGCCUGGACGUGAACCUGCCCCCCGACGCCGACUGGGCCGUGCCCAUCAGGCACAUGCCGCCCACGAACCGUUUGGACCGCUUCAUCACGGGCACCAUCGAGACCUGGCGCGGCAGGCUGUCGAUCCACCAUUCGGCCGAGCUCUCCGCGGCGUCCCAGUUCCCCAACGUCUCGGCCCUGCUCGAGCACCCCGAGGACGCGGAGGCGGACGGGCCCUCGGUGCCCGACUCGGGCCAGCCCCUGUCCAGCGCCGCCUCCGCCCAUCUCCACGGCAGCCCGCUUCAGCCGCUCGUCGAGCGCCUCGGCAUGGUGUACUGCCUUUCCCACCUCGUCCGCUGGCUCGUCUGUCUCUCGAGGGACACGUACGACCGCAUGCCCGCCUUUAUGCGGCCGACGUCGCUCCAGCGCGCCGUCCCGCACCCGGCCUGGGUCGACCUCGUCCUCUUCCCGACGGCGCGCGACGACAUUAUCCGCCUCCGCGACUGGUCCCCCGACCGCUUCGAGGCCUACCGCGCCGCCACGGCCCGAAGCCUCUCGGUCAACUGGCCCUAUGCGGACUCGGGAGCCGUCGUCGAGUCCGAGUCGGGCGACCAUGAAGGCCAGCGCGCCGCCCUCAACCCCAUUUUUGAGGCGCACGUGCGCAACCUCGACAACUGGACCGUCGGCGCCGAGGUCGCUGCUGCAUUUCCCUACAUGGCGCCCUACGUCCGGGUGCGGCAUGGGAGGAGCAUGGGAAAAGGGAUCUAG